AUGGCGACGAUGAGCCGGGGGCUAGUGACGCGAUGGGCGAAAAACAAGGGGCAACAGUUGCAAUUGAUGGGUACGCGACGUUUCGGCAACGUGCACGACCCGUUGGGGUUCGAGAGGAAGAUCAUCGGUGACCGGGAAAUCGUCGGCUACGGCACGAACGGCAACCCGACCUACUUGGACGAGGCCACCUACCCCUUUUCGGCGAUUCGCUACCGCAGCUGCACUCCCGAGCUCAUGGCGAUUAGAGAAAAAGAGCGAGGCGACUGGAGAAAACUGAGCGCCGAGGAGAAAAAGUUCCUGUACAGAGCGAGCUUUCGACAGACGUUCGCGGAAAUGAACGCGCCAACGAGCGAGUGGAAAGUGGUGCUGGGCGGUGUCCUCAUUGGUUUAUCCCUGUCCUUAUGGAUGUACCUGUUUGUCCAUCACAAAGUGCACAUUGAGUUUCCCAAAUCGUUCAGCCACGACAGCCGAAUCGCCCAGUAUUAUCGGAAGAUCGUCAUCAACAAUCAGCCGUUGACCGGUAACGCCCGACCACCGGGUGCUGAACUGAGGGUUCACCCGAAAAACCGGGAGAUGUUCGAGAAAAUGACGGGAAAAGUCAGCCCCAUAACCGGCAACAGUACAAGCAACAACACCAGCACAAGUGGACGAUGA